AUGGCGGGUCUUGUGGGACACACCGCUCCAUUCAACAGUCAGACCCAGUCCUGGGAGGAAUACUGCGAAGUGCUGGGUUAUUUUUUUGAAGCAAAUGACAUUGAUGAUGCUGAUAAGAUGAAGGCGAUCUUGCUGAGUUCGGUGGGAAGUCAAACUUACAGCCUUAUGAGAAAUCUUGUGAGUCCCGAGAAGCCGGGGGACAAGACGUUUGACCAACUUGUUGCUCUCUUGAAGGAACAUUAUAAUCCUAAACCGAGCGAGAUUGUGCAACGGUUCAUGUUUUAUUCCAGGACCAGGAAACCUGAGGAGACUGUGUUGGAUUUUGUGGCUGGACUGAGGAAGUUAGCACAAGAUUGUAAUUUUGGUGACAAACUGAAGGAGCAGUUGCGGGAUAGACUGGUCUGCGGGGUUGCUGAUGAUCGCAUUCAGCGCAGACUGUUAUCGGAGAUGGAUUUGACCUUCGACAAAGCAUUGAAAAUUGCACAGGCCAUCGAGACGGCAAAUAGGGAUGCAAAAGUUUUGCAAUCCCAACUUGGGGAGCUUCCCCAGGCAGUGCAUAAAAUGGCGGUGCAGCAGAGCCAACAUGCAGUGAGUGCCCAACGGCGAGCAUGCUACAGAUGUGGCAGUGAGCAGCAUAGAGCAAACGAGUGCCGUUUCGCGCAGGAGACAUGCCAUGGCUGCGGAAAAAGAGGGCAUAUUCAAAAAGUGUGCCGUUCGAGAAGUGCAACUGCAGUGGCUGAAAAGUUUAAAGGGGGAGGAGCGCGAAAGACGGAGAGGCAAGGGAGAACACAAGCAGCGCAUCAUGUUACUCUAGAAGAGAAAAAAGAAGAGGAAAAUGAUGAGGAAGUGUUUUUCACAAUGUAUAACAUGGAGGAGACUGAGCUCACCAAGGAAGAGCCUUUUCGCGAAACAUUGACUGUGAAUGGAGGAGCAAAGACAUUUGAACUUGACACAGGCUGUGGAGUGACGGUGAUGAACAGCGAGGAGUUUGCAGAUCUGUGGGAAGAAGGUAAAAUCCCCCCACUGAAACCAUGGCCUUUUAAGCUAAAAACAUACACAGGUCAACCAGUAGAGACACUGGGUACUGUAAAUGUCACUGCACAGUACAGAAAUACUGUUAAGACACUACCACUAGUUGUAGUCCCAGGAAAUGGACCCAGCCUUUUAGGAAGGCACUGGAUUAGGAAACUGGACAUAGUCUGGAGGGCAGUAAAUCACAUACAGGAGGGCAAAUGUUCAUUACAGGGGGUGCUCAGUCAGUACGACAGGGUCUUCAAGGAGGAAUUGGGAAGACUGAAUGAGGCCCCAGCCAAAAUAUAUGUGGACAAAGAGGCAGCCCCCAGGUUCUUCAAACCCAGAACAGUCCCGUAUGCAAUGAGAGCCAAAGUGGAGGCCGAGAUUGAGCGUUUGGUGCAACAGAAAAUAAUGCAGCCUGUUAAAUAUGCGGAGUGGGCCGCUCCGAUUGUACCAGUGUUAAAACCUGACAACAGUGUGAGAAUCUGUGGGGAUUAUAAACUGACAGUAAACAGAGUGUCCAAAUUGGAGAAAUAUCCUAUACCAAAAGUCGAAGAUUUAUUCGCUAGUCUAUCAGGGGGGCAGAAGUUCACCAAGCUAGACAUGAGCCACGCAUACCACCAGAUCCCUUUGGAGGAGGAGUCAAAAAAAUAUGUGACCAUAAACACCCACAAGGGGUUGUUCACGUAUAAUGUGUUGCCUUUCGGGGUCUCAUCGAGCCCGGCUAUAUUUCAACGCACUAUGGAGGGGGUACUGCAGGGCAUACCAAAGGUGGCAGUUUUUUUGGAUGACAUCCUCCUGACGGGACGAAAUGACCAAGAGCACCUUCAGACACUGGAGGAAGUGCUAAAAAGAUUGGCCCAGGCUGGGUUGCGCUUGAGGAGGAACAAGUGCAUGUUCAUGAGCAGGGAAGUUAUUUUCCUAGGUCACAAGGUGGACUCCACAGGGUUGCACCCGGUACAUGAUAAGGUGGCAGCAAUCCAGGACGCUCCUGCCCCGACUUCCGUGACGGAAUUAAAAGCCUAUUUGGGGUUAUUGAACUACUAUAACAGGUUUUUGCCAAACCUAUCUACAAUUCUGGCCCCAGUCCACAAGCUACUCAGGAAGGACACCAAGUGGCAGUGGGGAAAGGAACAGGUAGAUUCUUUCCAACAUUCAAAGAAAUUAAUGCAGUCAGCAGAGGUGUUGGUCCACUAUGACCCAGAGAAAGACCUUGUCCUAUCUUGUGAUGCUUCCCCACACGGGGUGGGUGCCGUGCUUUCUCACCGAAUGCCAAACGGGACUGAGAGGCCUAUAGGGUUUGUGUCUCGCACGCUAAACUCAGCUGAGAGGAACUACUCGCAACUUGACAAAGAAGGUUUGGCUGUCAUUUUCGGGGUAAACAGGUUCCAUAAGUACAUUUUCGGCCGGCCGUUCACUAUUGUGACAGAUCACAAACCCCUGUUGUCACUUUUUGAUGAGUUAAAAGCCGUCCCACAGAUCGUGUCCCCCCGUAUUCAACGUUGGGCUGUAACAUUAAUGGCUUAUGAAUAUCACAUCAUCUACAAGGCUGGAAAAUAUCAUGGAAAUGCAGAUGCAUUGAGCCGUCUGCCUCUGCCGGGGAACCUGGGUCCCAGUGUACCAAAGGAGAGAGUGCUCAUGUUGGAGACGUCAGACAUCACACUUGUGACCGCGGAGCAGGUGCGUGCGUGGACCACAAAGGACCCUGUGCUCUCAAGAGUGAGAGAGAUGGUACAGAGAGGUUGGCUGCCGGAACAAGAGGGGGCUGAUUUUGCACCUUUCACCGCUCGAAAGAAUGAACUGAGUGUGGAAAAUGGAUGUGUAAUGUGGGGUGCCAGAGUGGUUGUGCCAAAGAAGGGACAGGCAGAUCUACUGAGACAGCUGCAUCAAAGCCAUCCGGGUAUUUCUAGAAUGAAGUCAUUAGCACGGAGCUACGUGUGGUGGCCUAAGAUGGAUCAAGAUGUGGAGAACACUGUUAAAGCCUGCAGUGUUUGUCAGGAAUACAGAAAUGUUCCAGCGGUGGCCCCAUUGCACCCCUGGGAAUGGCCAGACAGACCCUGGCAGAGAGUACAUGUGGAUUACGCGGGGCCCUUCAUGGGAAGAAUGUUUUUCAUUCUGAUCGAUGCCCAUUCUAAAUGGAUGGAAGUAUAUCCAGUGAACUCUUCUACAUCCACGGUGACGAUUGAGUGCCUUCGAAAAUGUUUCAGUACUCAUGGUUUGCCAGAGAUUUUGGUUUCGGACAAUGCAACAAGCUUUGUUAGCACCGAGUUUAAAGAGUUCAUGAUGAAAAAUGGCAUUUCACAUGUGACCUCAGCACCUUAUCAUGCUUCCACUAAUGGUCUGGCAGAGCGCGCAGUACAGAUUUUCAAGCGCCUAAUGAACAUGAGUGCAGAGGGAAGCCUGGAGACUAGGGUGUCUAGGGCUUUAUUUAGUUACAGAGUGACACCGCAGACCACAACGGGCUUGUCGCCUGCUGAAAUGUUGUUGGGAAGGAAGCUGCGAUGCACUCUUGAUUUGAUCCAUCCAGAUAUGGCACGCAGGGUGAUGAAUAAGCAAGAGAAGCAGAAAAACGUACAUGACAGAAGAGCUAAAGAAAGAGGCUUUAAGGUGGGUGAUUCAGUGCAGGUCAGAAAUUACAGUCAUGGACCAAAAUGGGUCCCCGGAUUCAUAGAGACAGUGACUGGCCCAGUGUCAUAUACAGUGAUGCUGGGGGAUGGUAGAGUGGUCCGGAGACAUGUGGACCAGAUCUGUUCCAGACAGGAGGCAUCUGCUAAGUGCACGGGGGACGUCUUACCAGCACCUCUCUGUGCAGGUGAGCCUGCUGUGCUGGGAAGCAGGGCCCUGGACGACCAGGUCAUGGAGAGUAUCGGUCCCGAUGGUGUGGAGGAAGGAACUGCGGCUGCUGCGGGGCAACCAGGGACUGCCGCUGAACCCGCAGAGACUGAAGCACUUGGGGUCUCGCAAUCUGGCCCGGAAAACGCAGGGGUAGGCCUGAGAAGGUCACAGAGACGGAUUAACUUGCCCGGUCGGCUAAAGGACUUUGUGGUUUCCUAG